AUGAGUGAGAAUAAGAAGAUCGCAGAUCUUCAGAAGAAUAUCAAGGAACAAAACAACAAACUGAACACCACCACCGAUUAUGGCGCCAAAGUUCCGGAUCUCGACCACUGGCUCAAAACGGUCGACGACAAGAACCAAAAGAUAGGACCCCAUCUCCUUGAAGACCAUAUUGGUCGAGAGCGUAUCCAUCGUUUUGAUCACGAGCGUAUCCCAGAACGUGUUGUACACGCGCGAGGUGCUGCUGCCCAUGGUCAUUUCAAGCUCUACGAGAGUGCAGCAGACGUCACCUCAGCAGGUGUGCUUACCGAUACUUCGCGAACCACACCCGUCUUCGUCCGCUUUUCUACUGUUCAAGGGAGCAGGGGAAGUGCAGACACUGUCCGAGAUGUGAGAGGAUUCGCUGUCAAGUUCUACACCGACGAAGGUAAUUGGGAUAUCGUCGGCAAUGAUAUUCCCGUCUUUUUCAUUCAAGAGUCGAUCAAGUUUCCCGACCUUGUCCAUGCUGUGAAGCCAGAGCCUCAUAAUGAGGUUCCUCAAGCACAGAGUGCCCACAAUAAUUUCUGGGACUUUGUCUAUCUUCACAAGGAAGCCACUCACAUGUAUUUCUGGGCAAUGUCAGACCGUGGUAUCCCAAGAUCGUACCGCAUGAUGCAAGGCUUUGGUGUCAACACAUAUGCUCUGAUCAACGAGAAGGGCGAAAGGACUUUCUGCAAGUUCAUCUGGACUCCUGAGCUCGGUGUUCAUUCACUUGUCUGGGAUGAAGCUCUGAAGCUCGCAGGACAGGAUCCCGACUUCCACAGAAAGGACCUCAAUGAGGCGAUCGAAAACGGAGCUUACGCGAAAUGGAAGUUCGGGCUCCAGUUGAUUGCAGAGAAAGACGAGCAUAAGUUCGACUUUGAUAUCCUUGAUGCCACAAAGGUAUGGCCAGAGGACCAAGUACCUAUCCGCUACAUUGGCGAGAUGGAGCUCAACCGCGUUGUGGAUGAGUAUUUCACCGAGACCGAACAAGUUGCUUUCUGCACCAGCCAUAUUGUGCCCGGAAUUGACUUUACCAAUGACCCGUUACUCCAGGGUCGAAACUUCUCUUAUCUAGACACUCAACUAAGCCGACUGGGGGUCAAUUGGCAAGAGCUUCCAAUCAACAGACCCGUUUGUCCUGUCAUGAAUUUCAAUCGUGAUGGACAGGGUCGCCACACUAUCACGAAAGGCAAAGUCAACUACUGGCCAAAUCGAUUCGAUGCCAACCCACCAGCGGGCCGUGGAAAUGGCGCACUAGACCAUUAUCCCGCCGAAGAAUCUGGCAUGAAAGCACGCAAGCUCACGGAGAAGUGGACAGACUACCACUCCCAAGCUCAAUUGUUCUACAACUCCAUGAGUCCAAUUGAAAAGCACCACAUUACCAGCGCUUUCGCAUUCGAACUGGAUCAUUGCGAUGAGCCAAUCGUCUACGAACGACUGGCAUCGCGAUUAGCAGAAAUCGACUACGAGCUUGCUGCAGCUGUGGCAGAGAAGGUGGGUGCGCCAACACCCACCAAGCAAGCCCGUCCGAAUAAGGGGCACAAAGCUCCAGGUUUGAGCCAACUCGACUAUCUGCCCGAAGUGCCGACUAUUAAGUCGCGUCGGAUCGCAAUCCUCAUUGCUGAUGGAUACGAUGCUGCAAGCUAUGAUGCCAUGAAAGCCGCAAUUCUUGCGCAGUCAGCCUUGCCUUUCACCAUCUCCACCAAGCGUCAGGAGGUGAAGGCUUCCAAUGGCACGUCGUCCACAAAACCUGAUCACUUCUUAAAUGGACAGCGUUCAACCAUGUUCGAUGCCAUCUUCGUGCCUGGCGGUGAAGAAUCUGUCAAAACCCUUAGUGGCAUUGGCCUUGCGAGGUUUUAUGUGCGGGAAGCCUUCGCACAUCUAAAACCAAUCGGUGCAACUGGCGAGGGUGUCAAGCUGGUUAACCUAGCCUUGAAAGAAGCUGAGGGCGUGAAAUUGGCCACUGAGGGAAGCACUGAUGUCGUUGAGUGGUAUGGUGUUUUGACUACACAGAAGCCUGAUACUGGCUCAAAAGUCAAAGAUGCUGUGAAGCUUACGAAAGAAGCUACGGACUUCACUAGCCAGUUUUUCUACCACAUCGGCAUGCACAGGAACUUUGCACGAGAGCUCGAUGGGCUCGCUGACCAAGUCACGGUUUAG